AUGGAAAUGUCUGGUGGGGUCUCGGCUGGAAAUGUGCCAGCCUUUCUAACUAAACUGUGGACAUUAGUGGAGGAUCCUGAUACUGACCCUCUUAUCUGCUGGAGCCUGAGUGGGCAGAGCUUCCAUGUAUUUGACCAAGGACAGUUUGCCAAAGAGGUACUUCCAAAAUACUUCAAACAUAACAACAUGGCCAGCUUUGUGCGUCAGCUGAACAUGUAUGGGUUUCGCAAAGUAGUGCAUAUUGAACAAGGAGGGCUGGUGAAGCCAGAGAAAGAUGAUACAGAAUUUCAGCAUCCAUACUUUGUGCGAGGCAAGGACCAUCUUUUGGAAAACAUCAAGAGAAAAGUAACAAAUGUUGCUGGUGUAAAAAAUGAAGAGGUUAAGGUACGGCAAGACAAUAUUAGCAAGAUCUUAACUGAUGUGCAAUUAAUGAGAGGAAAACAAGACACUAUGGAUUCUCAUAUACUAACACUGAAACAUGAGAAUGAGGCUUUGUGGAGAGAAGUUGCCAGCCUACGACUGAAGCAUGCUGAGCAGCAGGAAAUAGUGACAAAGCUGAUUCACUUCCUGGUCUCACUGGUACAGCCAAAUCAUGUGAUUGGAAUGAAGAGAAAAAUUCCCUUAAUGUUAAAUGACAGCAGUUCAGCGCAUCCGUUUCCCAAGUAUGGACGGCAGUAUUCAUUUGAGCAUCGGCAUGACUCUGAUGAUUUCACACCAUCACCUCCUCCAUAUACCAGUAUAAAUGUUUACUCCACUGACUCCCCCGAAAGCUGUGGCCCAGUCAUCUCUGAUGUAACAGACAUGACUCAUUCAAGUCCUUCCAUUUCUCCCAGCAGAACUAGUCUCAUAAUUCAUGUAAAAGAAGAGCCACCAAGCCCUACCAUAGGUCCCCAAGUUGAGCAAAUGAGUCCUGUAAAUUCCACGGCUGAGUCCUUAUUGUCUCCCGGCAUGUUAACUGACUCCAUCCUCCAAGAACAUGAAAACAACGGAAAUGGUGCCUCCAGCAGUGCCAUCUCAGAUCAUGAGCAGUCUCAGUGUGAACAGAGCUGCCUCAGUAUUGCCUGCCUUGACAAUUUGAUGCAUUUUGCUCAGAUGUCAGAGGUCACUCGUCUUUUCCCCAGUCCUACCUCUUCCUCCUCCUCUCUUCAUUGCAGACCACAGCAAGGGAAUGAGCUAACAGACCAUGUAGAUGGUGAUGAUCUUAGUCUGGAGAACUUUCAGAACAUGCUAACAUCACAAGGUUUCACCAUAGACUCCAGCGCUCUCCUGGAUCUUUUUAGCCCCUCCUUGUCCAUCACAGACAUGGGUAUACCUGAUGUGGAGAGUGGCCAGUCAACAAUCCAGGAGUUACUGAAUUCACAAGAACAGAAAGGCCCAGAUACAGAGAAUAGUGCUGCUAACAAAGCAGGAAAACUAUCAGUCCAUUAUACGACACACCCAGUGUUUUUUGUUGACUCUGGCUUACCAGAAACAGGAAACAGAGAUUUGCCUGUACUUUUGGAGGUGGGAGGAGGGUUGUAUUUCACAGAGGAUGAUUCAUCUGAGGACCCUACUAUUGCAUUUUUUGCAGGUGUGGAGCAGCCCAAAGAAAAAGACCCUGGCAUAUCAUAA